UCCUCCGCUCGUCGUGUGCUCUUUGCCGCAGGUUUCACCUCAUUGGAUUGUUUAUCUCUAAACGCAACUACAACGCGGGUGGAAUUGGAGCUGGCCGGUUUCUUGAAAGUGGCCACUCGCCGCGCUUGCUGUCCGGGUCCGGUGACGAACGCAAGUGAAAGUUUACGCACUGAGCCUCACGUCUUCGUUCAGGUGGGCGACGCUCAGCCGGAAACCGACCUUCAUCGUCUCCGAUGGACUUUGGUGAAGUGUAGGAAGGUCAAGGCGGGCCUGCAGGCAUAGCAACAUGGCCACCCUUGGCGUCCUCCUGCUGUUGGCGUGUGUAUUCACACCCACGUCGACACUGAUUCCCACUAGCAGGGAGAGGGAGUGUCCCUACGGAGACUAUCUUGAAAAUGGGAUUUGCUGCAACAAGUGUCCAGCUGGUUUCAAACUCGUGGAAAAGUGCCGGGGCGAGGGGAAGAGGACUAACUGCACGCAAUGUCCUCCUGACCAGUAUUCGGACACAAUGAACUUCUACCCCAAAUGCAUGCCAUGCAAAUCCUGCAACAAGAAGAAGCAUGAAGUGGAAGUCUCCAAAUGCAAAGCGGACCGAAACACGCAGUGCGGCUGCGAGGACGGCUUCUACAUCUUCGCCAUCGACUCGGAGACCACCGAGUGCCUUAAGUGCACGCUGUGCGGCUCGGAUGAGAGGGAAGUCCAAAAAUGUACGGCGGAGAGGAAUACUGUCUGCGAGUGCAAAGAGAACUUCUAUAGAGUGAAGAGGAAGUGCGAGCCAUGCAAGAGUUGCGCAGCCGAUUGCAAACAUCUCUGCAAGUCGCUUCCUUCCCACAAUUCAGGGGAUUCUGAGGAGAGUGGAAAAGCAUACAUUGUUCAGAUCCUGACCGGAGUGGUGGUUGUGGCCAUGACGCUGUUGAUGCUGCUCAUCAUUUACAUGGCCACCAAGCGCUUGACCAAAAAAUCAGCACACAAAUCGCCGUCCCAAAUAUCAGAGACGUCGCCAGAGUUGUCUGAGGUCCUGUGUCAGAAUGAGGAAGUAUUUGUCAGACCAGUGAUUGGUUGUCCUGAGAGCAAACUCCCCGACUGUGUCCCGCUGGAGAUCAAGACCCACGACCUCAUCUACACCCUGCUCGACUUGGUUCCCGUCACGCAGGUCAAGCAGCUGGUGCGUUCCCUCGGCGUGACCGAGACAGUCAUCGAGCGGGCCGAGCUGGACUACCGCGCCAGCAAGGAGGCUCACUACCAGAUGCUGAAAGCCUGGACGGAAAUGGGCUCGCAGCCUUCCGGCGGCGGCGGAGGAGGUCGGGGCGGAAUGUUGCACUCUGCUUUGCUACAGGAGCUUUUGCUCAAACUGAGACAGAUGCACCUCGGAGGGGUGGCAGAGAAGCUGGAGACAAAGUACACCAUUCACUAAAUCUCGGACGCGUGCCAAGUGGCAUCACGCACACACCUGAAUCAGAGUAUUGUUCUCUAUGGGGACCUCAAGGACAGACUGAGAGCAUUCCCAAAUGGAUAGUUCUUGCACGUGGAUCAAGACAACCUUUGUGGUGUCUCCCUUUCAUCCACACUUGAAACUCCCGAGAGAUCAAAUGGUUGCGGACGUUUGCAGGAUUAAAAGUAACUAACCUGCCCCGGCCGAUGUGAAGCUGCCACCUGCCGAAAGGGGGAACAGAAAUAUGUACAGAAAUAAAGGACCGAGCUUGCCGCCAAGAGUCUGUGAGGAAUUGACACUGAAGUCGUGGUAAUGUUGUAAAUACAUAUUUUAGGAAUGCUUGCGGUUCACACUCCCGAACAAAAAUGUCGCCAAAAAGUAUAUACUGAAAUAGUGAUUAUCUCGUCCCUUUUUAGGGACAGAUUUGCAGUAUAAUGAAAAGAAAAAACAACCAAAAUUACCUGAACUUAUGCUUUUCUUUGCCCCGUUCUUUCAGAAAUGUUCCUGCAGCCCCUGCCUAACUCAUUUUCAAAUCUGUUUGAGGCAUAAAGGUACAGAUUUGGGGGUUUAUUUUUCUACUAAAGGUGUUUUUCUUCCUUAUCACAUCAUCGCAUAAAGAGAUUAUUAGAAGAUGUUGAGGUAUUUUCCCAUACAAAAACAGAUCAUUUUCACCUCAAUAAGUUUAAUUAUUUCAACAAUGCUUUUGCAAUGUGUUCUUUUGUCAGGAUGAAGAUUUCACUUUUAAAGGGAGAACACUAGAUUUGAAACCAAGUAGCUGGAGUCCAUAAGCAAAAUAAGCUGUUGCUUAGGGCCAUGGGGGGAUUUAAAAAAAAAAAAAAAAAGUGUUUUGAUUGGUUUUAGUUUGUGGGUUUUUUUUUGUUUUUUGCUGAUGUCUUGUAGGAAAAAAGUAUUUUUAUUACCAUGUCCAUGCAUUGGCAGACGACAAGCAUAAAACAGCAGAAGCCCGAACAUAUAAAAUAUAUAAAUAAUGUAAAAACAAAUAAAUUAGCAAAUAGAAGAUAAAAUUGUGAAACGGAGAUCGAAAGGUAACCUAAAAUCAGCCACACUAAUUAAAAAGUCUAAUUACAAACUCGGGAUGUUGUUUUUAACAUGGGGAGAGGAUGGAUAUUUUGUUUGAGGCCUCAAAAAUGUCUGCUCGAAUCAAAGCUAAUUUUGGUGCUACUCUACAACAAAUAUUUAUUCCUGAGGGUCUUGCUCUGCUUAAGCUAGCUGUUUUCUGUUUUGAGUGGGAAGCCCCAUUUCACCUUUUUAUGAAAUUCUUCUGAAUAGAACACUGGGUAGUUUUUGGGAAACCUUUUAGUCAUUCCAUAUUGGACUGAUUCCAUUGUACGGCUUGCACUUAUGCUACACGUGAUGAAUGAAUGUUUGGAUAUUUUAAAAGAGGCAUUCGGAAGACAUUUCAGGAUGGACCUGAAAUGUAUGUAUGUUUUGGUGAAUUUACUUGGGACAACUUUUGAACUGUUUAAUGUUUUACUAUUUCUGUACUACUUAGUGUUGUUUUUACCAAGGAGGUUUUUGUUGUUUUAGAUUUCUAAGGACAGCUACCUCUUUGUCAUUCUGUGAUCCUUCCAGUGUCAAGGUGUCUCUGAUGCAUCUUGAACAGCAUUCUGAGGUUUAGUAAAAAUAUAAAAGUUCUUCUGUAAAAGUUAGAGCCCAUUUUAGGUUGAUCCUGAAACUUCGCUGAAUAUUUCAUACUUUUUGGAAGUAAUAAAAAUGAGGAACUUUGACACACUC